AUGACUGUCGAAGUUCAAUGCACCGGUGUCAAUGAUGCCUAUAGCUCUGCAAUGCCUAUUGUCCACAAGCUGUCAAAGGACCAUGACUUAGUGUUGAAAACCUUUCGGCUGUUGAUUGCAGACCUCUGCCAGCAAUUUAAUGGCGGACAUCCUGGUGGUGCUAUUGGUAUGGCUGCUAUCGGUGUCGCGUUAUGGAGAUAUGUUAUGCAUUACGCACCCCAUACUCCGGGAUUCUUCAACCGGGACCGUUUCGUCUUGUCGAAUGGCCACACCUGUCUCUUGCAAUACUCUUUCCUGCAUCUUACAGGCUACAAGGCCAUGACUUUUGAACAGCUCAAAUCAUACCAUUCAGACCGCACAGAUGCCCUAUGCCCGGGGCAUCCGGAGAUUGAACAUGAAGGAAUUGAGGUAACAACUGGACCAUUGGGUCAGGGUAUUGCGAACGCUGUAGGCCUGGCGAUGGCGACGAAGAAUCUGGCUGCUACCUACAACCGCCCAGGUUUCGAUGUGGUAAGCAACCACACUUGGUGCAUGAUUGGCGAUGCUUGCUUGCAGGAGGGUGUUGGUCUCGAGGCAAUCUCGCUGGCCGGACAUUUUCGUCUAAACAACCUCACCGUCAUCUACGAUAACAACCAGAUUACCUGUGAUGGAUCCGUUGACCUCACAAAUACCGAGGAUGUGAACACAAAGAUGCGUGCUUGUGGCUGGGAUGUGAUUGAGGUGGCAGAUGGCUGCUUCGAUAUCGAGGCCAUUGUUCAUGCAUUGGAGCAAGCUCGCUCAUCGAAGCAAAAGCCUACCUUCAUUAAUAUCAAGACAGUCAUCGGUCUAGACAGCAGCGUUGCUGGAACCGCAGUGGCUCACGGUGCUGCUUUUGGUGCCGGGAGUAUCCGUGAUAUGAAGGUUUCCUAUGGCUUCAACCCGGAGAAGCACUUUGUUAUUAGCGAAUCUGUGCGCCAGUUUUUCCAAGAUAUUCCUGAGCGUGGAGAGAAGUGGGUCCAAGAAUGGGAUCAGCUAGUAAAAAGCUAUGCUGUCCAGCAUCCUUGUUUAGCGGCUGAGUUCAGGGCUCGCGUGCAUGGCGAGCUUCCGGCUAACUGGCAAGAGUAUAUCCCAACGAGCUUCCCUGAUGGACUCACUGCGACCCGGACCGCGUCUGGUUUGGUAUUCAACCCGAUUGCCAAAGAGGUCAACUCUUUCAUGGUCGGUAGCGCGGAUCUCUCGUCAUCCGUAAGAAUGAUCUGGCCUGGCAAAGUCGACUUCCAGCACCCCGAACUCCGCACAGCCUGCGGCAUCAAUGGUUCUUAUUCUGGCCGUUUUAUUCAUUAUGGUGUCCGUGAGCACGCGAUGGCUGCUAUCUCCAACGGGCUGGCAUCAUACUCCCCGAAUACCAUCAUUCCGAUCACAUCGACGUUCUUCAUGUUUUAUAUGUAUGCUGCACCCGCGGUCCGCAUGGGUGCGUUGCAGCACCUUCAAAUAAUCCACGUCGCCACCCACGACUCGAUUGGUACGGGCGAGGAUGGACCGACCCACCAGCCUAUUGAGUUGGCCAACCUAUAUCGCGCGAUGCCAAACCUUUUAUACAUCCGUCCUGGCGAUAGCGAGGAGACGGCUGGUGCGUGGAUCGCUGCUAUUGGCGCCAAGCGAACCCCAAGUAUCAUUUCUACCUCUCGUCAAACCUUACCCCAGCUGCCUCAGACGCGUCGUGAUGGUGUAGCUCUCGGCGCAUACGUCCUAUCCGAAUCUGAAUCGGCUACUGUCACUUUGAUCGGGGUUGGGGCUGAACUUUCUUUCGCAGUGGAGGUUGCUGAGCAACUAAAGGUGCAGCAAGGCAUUACGGCGCGCAUUGUUAGCUUCCCUUGCCAGCGCCUUUUUGAGAAACAGUCGGUUGAUUACAAACGUAAGACACUUCAGCGACACCGGGGUAUACCAGCUGUGGUGAUUGAACCCUAUGCACCAAACGGGUGGGAACGUUACGCAGAUGCGGGCAUCUGCAUGACACGCUUUGGUCAUAGUCUGCCAGGCAAGGCGGCUUACAAGUUUUUUGGGUAUGAGAUUUCUACAUUGACAACAAAGGUCGUCAGAUACUUGGAACGGCUCCGGGAAGAUGAGCUGCUCCACGGCGAGUUUGUCGACCUGUGA